ACAAAACAGACAAACAGUGACUCGGGAAAAUUAGUGAUAAAAUCAUUAAAAAUGCACGGCCGAUUGAAAGUCCGCACGAGUGCCGAAGAGGCAGCUCGGAAGAAGAAAGAACAGGAACAGAAGGUGAAGGCGUAUCGAGCUGCAAUGAAACGAAUUUUGGAAAAGAAAACCGCCGAUGAGCUGGACUCUGAAAUGAUGCACCUGACGGCGAAGCUGCUAAGCAGCAAUCCCGAUAUUGCCACGCUGUGGAACCUACGAAGAAUGUGCAUUCUCAAGCAACAAGAAACGGAUUCCGAGAUUCAGAACGUUUUCGAUAGGGAGCUUGGCUUUACGGAGAUGUGCCUGAUGGUGAACCCGAAGUCGUAUUGCGCCUGGCAUCAGCGAUGCUGGAUACUGGAAAAUGCACCCGAGGCCAACUGGCAAAAGGAGGUGGAUCUUUGCACAAAGUAUCUGAAGCUAGACGAGCGUAACUUUCACUGUUGGGACUACCGUCGCUACGUGGUGCAAAAGGCGGGUGUGUCCGCGGAGAAGGAGUUUGCGUUCUGCACGGAAAAGAUUGAGAAGAACUUUUCCAACUAUUCCUCGUGGCAUUACCGAAGCAAGUUGCUGCCGUUGCUGUAUCCGAACGUGGACGACCCAAGCCGUCCGAUUAGCGAGGAAAAACUGAAAGAAGAACUGGAGCUCGUUCUGACGGCCGCUUUCACCGAUCCCAACGAUAGCAGUGCAUGGUUUUACCAACGCUGGUUACUCGGCUACUCCCAACCGGAGCUCGAUCUUGCCGCCUUUCGAGUGGACACGGCGGAAAAUCUGGCCGUAGUUUCCUUCUCCAAACCGAUCGAUCUUUCCGGCGGAGGCUUUAAGCUGACGGUUUCUUGCUGUGAUGGCGAUUGUAAUGAUACGACCAAAUGGAAGCCGGUCAGCGAAGGUAGUUCCGUUGAUACUACCUGGACACUACGGGGAACAUUUCAGCUGAAAGACGACGAAAAUCCCACGGUUUCACUAGUAACGCCGGAAGGAGUUGAGCAUUCAGUUGACCUGAAACGUCCGACUCCGCAAACCGUGGUCGGAGUGAAAAAACCAAAGUUUGGCUACGAGUUUGGUUCGGCCAUUGUGGACGUGCUGAAGGCACAACUAGCAUCCUGUCUAGAGCUUCUUGAGUUCGAACCGGACAGCAAAUGGACGCUCCUCACGGCCGCCCUGCUAAUGAAAGCCAUCGACCAACGAGCACAUCAUGAAACGAUACGGAAGCACCUGACCGCGCUGGAAACGGUGGACCCUCUGCGUAGGGGAUACUAUCUUGAUCUGUCCAGCAAGUGGGCCAUCGAAAACCAACUCGAACGUUGGCUGGAGGCGGGUAACUUCACCGCCUCAAUCGACCUUUCCGGGCUGAAUCUGUCAGCCGUGAGCUACACGCAGUAUCUGGCGACGGCGGAAGUGGUCAAGCUGAGCAACAACCGGCUGGUGGAUCGUAAUGUAGGCACACUGCGGGAUCUGGUGUUUUGCCGUAGGCUUAGCUUGGAAGGGAAUGCCCUGGAAACGGGCGCUUCAAUCCCGAAACUACCUCUGCUUGAGGAGAUCAUCCUAAAAGACAACGCAAAGCUUACGAGUAACGACGCGUUGAUGGAAGUUUUACGAACCAAAGUGAAAAACAUAGUGUUGUAAGUCGAACAUUCCAUUGCUUUAAAGUUUGUUUUGAUAACGGGCACAAAUAAAACUAAAUCACAAGUAUAUCAA